AUGACGUCAAGUUCAAGAUGGAUGGAAUCACGACUACCACACACUCAACAGAAUUCUGAUAUAAAUUCUUGUUCGUGUGCUCCGUGGGAACAGAACGAAGACAUAGGGCCAGAAUGGAGAGUCUGGUGCACUACAGUAAUCCAUCCCACAGCCUCUCUGUGCUGGGGGUGCUCAAUGAGCAGCGCCUGAGGGGGCAGCUCUGUGACACAGUCUUGGUUGUGGGGGAUCAGCGGUACCAAGCCCACAGGAGUGUGCUCGCCGCUAGCAGUGAGUAUUUCCAAUCACUGUUCACGCGAAGGGAGUCUGAGCCCCACAAAGUGAUACAGCUGGACUUCUGUGAGCCUGACGCCUUUGAGAUAGUACUGAAUUACAUAUACUCAUCCUCCCUCUUCGUGGAUAGAGGCAGCCUGGCAGCCAUCCAGGAGCUGGGCUACAGUCUAGGAAUCCCUUUUCUAACCAACAUUAUGUCAACAAGGCCGCAUGUGUCCUACUGCGUCUCCAGAAAAAGGCUGUCCUUCUCAGAGGACGAUAACGACAUCCAGCUGAGGAGUGUCAUUGUGCGCCAGAGCCGAAGGGGUGAUGCUCCCGGGCCCAGACGCUACAGUUCAAAUGAUCAAGGAGAACAGACUCAAGCUUCAGGACACAGGAAACCAAACGAAUCAGCCAGGAACACUGCAUCCAAUCCCAGAAAAUCAGCUGAAGCAGCUGGUGAGGGUUCUGAUAGCAAGCCCAUCAGUUCAUAUGCCUCCAUCUUAAAGGGGAAGACAUCAUCACACACAGGGGCAUCAGUAAGGCCACAGCUCACCUCCUCAGUCUCCUUCAGUGAAUCUCCAACAGUCAUGUUACAGUCUGAUCUAAGCACUAAAGAAGAAGAGGAGGAGGCGCAGAGACUCUACAGAUCCAAACCACAAUUUCAGGGCCAGGUAGGGGAUCCUAGCCAGACCAUUGACAGGAGUGGCCCACUCAUAAAAAGCCUGCUGCGCAGGUCAUUAUCCAUGGACAGUCCCGUCCCAGUCUUCUCCCCCACACUGGAGCUCAAUAAACUGCAAGGUCGAGAACAGUCUGUUGUUAAGAUGGUGGCAAAUACAGAGGAAGGGAUUCAGAAAGAGCACAAACAAAGUGUGAAAGUAGUUCCGCCGCUUCUUCUCAAGUCAAUGCACCACAGUAGGUAUGAUAAAGAUGAAACUCCAGGAAAGGAGUUCCAUGUGAAGACAGAGCCUAGCAGCCCACUGUCUGACCCCUCUGAGAUCAUUAGAAUCACAGUUGGGGAUUCUCUACCAGUUAACCUCAAAAACAAUGAAAUGGAUUUUGACCAAGGCCCUACUAAGCCAUUUUCUAAACUCCCUGGAAAGAGAAGGGUGAGGAGAGACAAUCGAAGGUACCCAUUCAAAAAGUCUAAAGGGGUGAACGAACAUGAUUUCCCAUGUGAAGAUGACGACGACAAUAUGUCAGAAUCUGUACCUCACAACUCCAACAUGGAUGACAAUGAUGAAGACUGGACUGAUGAUCCCAGGAAGAGCAAGAUGUUUAAAUGUUGGAUCUGUUUGAAAGUGUUCAGAUCCAAUGCUGGAUUGCACCGCCACGUUAACAUGUAUCACAACCCAGAUAAGCCAUACGCUUGUGACAUCUGCCACAAACGCUUCCACACUAACUUCAAAGUCUGGACCCACUGCCAAACCCAGCAUGGAGUGGUACAAAACCCUGCUUCAUCCUCCAGCUCAUUCGAGCUGGAUGAGAAGUUUCAGAGGAAGCUGAUUGAUAUUGUGCGGGAGAGAGAAAUAAAGAAAGCCUUGCUCAUGAAGCUGAGGAGAAAUAAGCAGGGUUCGCAGUCUCAGGUAUUUGCCAAAAAAGGUGGCCUGAGGUCCAAGUCAAAUUUGAUAUGCCCUUACUGUGGGAUAUUGUUUGGGUUUCUGUCUCAGUUCAAGCAGCAUUUGAAGACACACCCUGCGGAGAGAGACAACCAAGAGACUGAGAGAGAGAGCAGUCUCUACCAAAAAGACCAGCCCAGUCAGAGAGAGAACACGGACACAGAGGUUUACUCCUGCAGACUCUGCAAUGAGAAGCUGUCCUCUCUCUUUGAGCAGGGAGACCACGAGAGGGGCUGUCGACACGCAACCGUGUGCCCUUACUGUGGCCUCCGAUUCUCCAGCCCAGCGGUUAAAAAAGAACAUGAAGCACACUGCAAGUACAAGAAACUGACCUGCCUGGAGUGCAUGAGGACCUUCAAGUCUUCCUUCAGCAUAUGGAGACACCAGGUGGAGGUUCACAACCACAACAUUAUGACUGUUAAGGAGCAGAUGAGCCAUCGAGAGGAGAACAAUGGAGAAGUAUCUGACCACUUCGGAAGGCCUCUCCAUGCCCAGGAGUCUGUGGGAGCAGGGAGCUCCAGAGAGGACAUAAUCUACAGUGACUCCUCAGGUCCGCCUAUGUUGGACUCGGAGGAUUCUUCAUCAUUCGUGCCCGAGGACCUGAAUGCUAGCCAGUGUCACAACGAACAUCACGGCGAGCUGACAGUGAAGGAUGAGCCCAUUGAGGAGGCCGUGAGCGAGAGGGAGGACAUGAUGUCUGGGGCCUCCGUCGAGCCUGAGGAGCCAGGCGUGUGGCCCUGCGAAAAAUGUGGCAAGCUCUUUGGUGGCCACAAAGACCUGGAGCGUCACCAGGAGCUGCUGUGCCACAUCAAACCCUUCAUCUGUCACAUCUGCAACAAGGCCUUCAGGACCAACUUCCGCCUUUGGAGCCACUUCCAGUCCCACAUGUCAACCUCCGACGAACCUGGAGCGAGAGAGGUUGAUGACAGGCACCCUUUGUCUCCCUCCCCCUCACCACCACCAGCGGUCACACAUGCAACUGGAUGUCCUGCCACACAAGUUUUUCCACCUAAACCAGUGGAGGCAGAUUCAGUGGAAGCUAAAGCUGUGGUAGCAAAAGAGAAGGAGAAGCCUGGAAGCUCGUCGUCAAUGCCCAGGACCAAGAGGCCAGAGAUGGACAGAUCACACAGUAGCCCCCUACCCAAGAUGGAUAGUGUGGAUAAUUCCCUCACCCCUCAGGAAUCAGAAACCCUUUUUUACCAUGCCCCCACUCUCUCUGCCCUCACAUUUAAGAGGCAGUACAUGUGUAAGCUCUGCCAGAGAACAUUCAAAACUGCCUUUAGUCUUUGGAGCCAUGAGAAGAGCCAUAGUCACAUUUAAUUAUGUCUCACACAAACACCUGUACUCUGUUUUGAGCAUCUGAGAUGAUACUUUAUGCUCACAGCAUCGUAAGAGAUCAAAUACAACUCAGCCGACACAAGAAAGAUUUUGAAUGUAUCUAUUGCUGUUGGUAGUUGGCUUGCCUUCAUGUUAUCUUUUCCAGUGGCCAUGUGUCAUAGAGGUGAGAAAGUGAAUGUCUGCAAUGAACUGCUAUUUGACUCAUCAGCUCCUUACAAUGGUUACUUUGCCAUUGAUAUUAGAUUUACACAGUACUGACCUAAUUCAGAUAACCCCCUUUCAGUUGUCUUUACCUAUAGAACUAUUUUUUGGAUUCAAGAAAGAGCUUUGUUUAGGAAUUGCUGUACUGUACAAUUCAAGAACAGUUACGUGCUUUUGCUUAAGUUGUGAAUUUUUGUUGAUUGAUGUGUGAAGAUGACAUUAUGAAGAUGAUAUUAGUGGCCUCAGGCAUCAUGUUUAUUGAUAUGCACUUUGCAAUUCUGUUCAAUAUUUACAUUACAUAUAAUGGUCAAAUUACAUUGAUUUAAUUUCAGUUAUAUGAAUCUUUAUUUUGAAUCCUCUGCAUUCCAUUAACAUUUCAGCUGUAAUCUGUUUUGUACCAUAAAAUUAUGGUUUUCAUAUUGACUAUUUGUGUUAAUUCUUCAUUCUGAUUUUGUCGUUGCCUCAAUGAUAUUUCAUGUAGAUUAUACAAGUAAACAAGACCAAAGACCAGUUAGUAUUUCAACUGACACUUUUUUUUAGUUGUUGUAAAUCCUGAGUAAAAUAAAUAAUUUCUUGUUUAA